AUGACGGAGUCUGAAUCAAUUUCAGAUUAUACUUCAAGGUUGCUAGCCGUGGUAAAUGAAAUGAAGAGGUAUGGUGAGACGAUAAAUGAUGAGCAAGUAGUUGAAAAGAUACUUCGCUCAUUGGAUGAAAAAUUUAAUUUCAUCGUUGUAGCAAUUGAAGAAUCAAAGGAUUUGAGUACAGUGUCAGUUGAUCAACUUAUGGGUACUUUGCAAGCCCAUGAAGAGAAGCUUUUCAAGAAGAGCAAACAGAUAAUCGAACAACUCUUUCAAUUAAAAUUGCAGUUGAAAGAUAAAGAAGAUAGCCAAGAAAGAGGUUAUCGAGGUCAUGGUCGUGGUAGAAGUCGUGGACAUGGUGACUUCAGAGGUCGUGGUCGAGGAAACUUUGGUCAAAGAAAGUUUGAUGGGAGUAAUUUCAACUCCAAUUUGUCAAGAGGUCGUGGCAGACAAAAUUGUUCGAGGUCGUAUGGAGGAAAGUCAAAUGAUGACAGGAGGUAUGACAAAAGCCGAGUUGAAUGUUAUAAUUGUCAUAAAUUCGAUCAUUAUUCUUGGGAGUGCAGAAAUAAAGUAGAAGAAAAUGUCAAUUACGGUGAAGAAGAUGUUAAAAGUAGUGAGCCAUCAUUGCUUUUAGCAUGCAGAGAUGAAGAAACAUGUGAGAACAGUUCGUGGUAUCUUGAUAGUGGUGCAAACAACCACAUGUGCAUAAGUAAAUUCAUGUUCGUGAAAUUGGAUGAAUCUGUUGGUGGCAAUAUCAUAUUUGGUGAUGCUACAAAAAUUCCUGUAAAAGGAAAAGGUAAGAUUUUGAUCAAUUUGAAAAACGGGAAGCAUGAGUUUAUCUCUAAUGUCUAUUAUGUGCCAAAUAUGAAGAAUAAUAUUUUGAGUUUGGGACAACUCUUGGAGAAAGGCUACAAUAUUUUGAUGAAAGAUGUAUUUCAAUAUGGGAUCAUCGUGACAAUAUGA